AUGAGCCGUGUCGCUAGUCAGUCACCUAACAAAAAAAUAGAAGAAGAUGAGGAUGAUGAUAUUGAUUUAUUCGAUCCUUCUCCAGUCAAGAGCCGUUUACGUCCUGCGUCAGACUCUCCCAGAAGGCCAGUGAAGCGCAUAAAGUUGGAAAACGAGCAUAACUUCGAGGAUGAAUCGCCAUCUGCAUCAUCGCGUAUAAAGUUAAGAAGAGAAUGUGCCGAAGCUGCCAUCAAAAAAAUUACUCAAGAUGGAAAGACAGAGGAAAAAGAUUCAAAAAAUGAAUCCGGUGACUCCCGAGAAUGUUCUUGUGAAAGAAGUGAAUGUCCUUUCCAUAAGACUUGUUGUUUGAAACGUUCUGAAAACUGCGUUGGAUCAGCCAUUGACGCCACAGGAAAGAUCUUCCAUCACUUGUCUCGGAGCGAGCACGUCUGCCAUGUUUGUUAUGAUGUUAUGUGGAAAUCUGGGACAGCCUUUAGUCAGAAGUUUUUGGACUGGAAAACUGAUUGGAUAGAGGAAAGCCGUUGUAACCCGGGAGUUAAAGCUUUCAUAAUGGAUCAAAUACUACCUUAUUGGGUUGCUUGCACAAACUGCGAAAAGUAUCGCUGUUUACAGUUGGAGCACGUUAUAUCUUCUAAAGAAAUUUCAAGCUUCACAUGUCAAAACUGUAGAACCCCAGAAGAAGCUUGCGUGGCAGACGCAAGAGAUUUCUCCUGGAUUUAUUCUAUAGCUGUAAGCCCUCUUCUCCAAAACAACCCUUGCCUUCAUUACCUCCAAGGAGGACAUUAUUUUUAUGAUGAAGUUGGACUUAGUCCUGUCGAAUGUAAAUAUGAGCCCUUAAGUUGUCAAACUUCGGAGUUCAUGUACCCAUUCAAUAUUCCCGAGGAACAGUCAAAAGCAUUUUGUCUUCGUCCAGAUGUAAUGGAGUAUGAUGAAGUCCUAGAAUUUCCUGAACACUCUACUGAGCCCAUUCUGUACUUUGCUCUUAGAAACCUUAUAGUCACUCUUUGGAAUAUUAAUCCUUUUAAAUAUCUAACACUAUCCGAUUGCAUACCUCAUCUCAUAUGUAGAGGCUUAGCCCGCAUAUGGUACAUCAAAGAGUUGGAGAAAGUGUUGAAGUUCUUAUCUCUGAAGAACAUCAUUAACUAUGGUGUUCUUGAUAUACCGAAAGAAAUAGUGGAAUCGCAAAAAAAACAGUUAGAAGUUGUGAUAGUUGGUGGUGGCAUCAGCGGUCUAGCUGCAGCUCGCCAAUUAAGGAAUUAUGGUGUUGGUGUAAAGCUGUUAGAGGCCAAGAACCAUAUUGGAGGCCGCAUGAAAGACGAUUGGAGUCUGGGUGUAGCUGUUGGUUGCGGGGCACAAUUAGUUACAGGAAGCAUAAACAAUCCAAUUAUAUUGAUGUGCAAGCAGAUAGGGGUUAAUUAUCGGAUAGUCGAUGGAACUUGCCCCAUGAUUGAUGGCCAACUUGGUAAUGCCAUCGACCCAAAGGUUGAUCGAUUAGUCGAAGAACAUUUUGAUUGUAUUUUGGAUGCUUUGUUCACAUGGAAGUCAAGUUCCUCCACCCCCAGAGACGCGAGUUUAGAAGGUAAGGUUAUGGCUACCAAAGAGAGAGUUGAACAACCCUCCAACUUCUUCUCUUUCCAAACAACAUUGUCCUUAUUAGUAGCGACUUUAGUUGUUCUUUACUUCAACAACGCUGUUACAGUUUCCUACGUUGAUGUUAUUCCUCAGGCGGAAGUAUUAGCCAAUGGAGAUUCCAAAUUCAACAUCAUCGUUGUAACUGAUUUGGACCAUGACAGCAAGAGUACAACCAAGAAGAACACCUGGGAAAGCCAUGCUAAACUUGGAGUUUUGAAACUUUCGAAGAAUCGUAAGACUGCUUCGGUGGAAUGGAAGGAGGAAAGUGAAUUCUCCGUAAGCACUCAAAUCUCUGCUGGUGGAAGAGCUAUGGAACUCUCUGAUCUCUGCAUUUUCAAUGGAAGACUCCUAUCAGUCGAUGACAGAACUGGAAUAGUUUUUGAAAUUAAAGAUAAACAGGCGAUCCCAUGGGUUUUGUUGAAUGAUGGACCAGGAAAUGUAACCAAAGGACUGAAAGGAGAAUGGAUGACAGUCAAGGAUAGAAAGCUUUACGUCGGAGGGCUUGGAAAAGAAUGGACAACAACAACUGGUGAAUAUGUGAAUGAUCAUCCAAUGUGGGUUAAGGUUGUGAGCCCAAAGGGAGAUGUUGAACAUGUAAACUGGUACGAAAACUUCGUUAACGUCCGCAAAGCUAUUGGCAUUGAAUACCCUGGAUACAUGAUCCACGAAGCUGUUCAGUGGUCUUCAGUUCACAACAAAUGGUUCUUCUUACCCCGCCGUGCUAGCAAAGAGACUUACGAUGAAACUGCUGAUGAAUCAAGAGGUGCUAACGUUUUGAUCGAAGCAGAUGCUUCUUUCAAGAACUUCAAGGCUCAUUACAUAGGUGAAAUUACACAUCCUGCUCGAGGAUAUUCCGCAUUCCAAUUUGUUCCCGGAACUGACGACAAUCUCAUUCUUGCUCUCAAAAGUGAAGAGAAAGACGGAAAGCCCGUAGCAAGCUAUGCAUCUGUUUUCGACGUAGAAGGAAAAAUCAUUCUAGAAGAUACUCCUCUCGAAGGAGCUCAUAAAUACGAAGGAAUUAGCUUCUUCUAA